AUGAGUGCCAGUAACCUUAUAGAACCAAGUCACAAUAUUGAAGUCGAGGACAGCGAUAGCAAAACUGAAUUGAGUAGUACAGACAAGUAUUUCUUAGAGCAACGAAAUGUGAUAUUGCAGGAUAUAAAUAAUACUAUGGAUUCGAUACUGAAUGGUCUUAACGAACUGAAUAUAUCGUUAGAAAACUCUAUCGCAGUUGGAAAAGAAUUUGAAAGUAUAAGUCUACUUUGGAAGAACUUUUAUAAUGAGUUAGAGGAGAAUGUGGAAGGGGAAGACGAUGGGAUUGAUAAUAAUAUGUAA